AUGAAUUCUAUCAUCGUCGCUGUAUUCUUCUGUGCCAUUGGUUUUGCAACAUGUGAGCUACAAUGCGCCCACAAAGAACUGGACAUCCCCAAAGAAUGGGUCGACAUGGACGGCGUGUGCAUCAAGAAGGUUCGCAGCCAGAUCGAGGAGGAGCUCAAGGCUGCCAUGCAGUACAUGGCGAUGGGCGCGUACUUCGCGCAGGACACCGUCAACAGGCCGGGAUUUUCCGAGAUGUUCUUCAAGUCGGCGAGCGAGGAGCGAGAGCACGCAAUCAAGCUGAUCAGUUAUUUGCUGAUGCGAGGGGAGCUGACGACGCAAGUUAGCAGUUUGAUCAAGAGAAACCUGACGCCUAAAACAUCAUCUUGGGCCAAUGGGGUGAAUGCUCUCAAGGAUGCUCUGAAAUUGGAAACUUCAGUGACCAAGAAGAUCAGGGAACUCAUCAAAGUUUGCGAAGGUGAAGGUGCCGCUAGCUACAAUGACUAUCACCUUGUCGACUACUUGACGGGAGACUUCUUGGAGGAACAAUACCAUGGCCAACGCGACCUGGCUGGAAAGGUUUCAACCUUGGAAAAGAUGACGGAGAAACAUGGCGCCCUAGGGGAAUGGCUGUUCGACAAGAAACUUCUCAAUGGCGAACUAUAA